AUGAAAUCAUCACUACUGUUUCUCUUCACAAUCUGUACGUUUCUGUUGUAUUCAUCAGCUGCAUUGGAUGACAGUCUCACCUAUGUAUGGCCUUUGCCGGCGAAAUUCAGUUCUGGAAAUAACACUCUCUCUGUUGACCCGGAACUGUCGCUAGUUGUAGGUGGCAAAGGAGGGACUUCGAGUAUUAUUAAAGAUGGGUUUGAUAGAUAUAAAAAGAUUAUAUUCAAGCACAGUAGUAAGAGUUACUCUGUCAAUAAAAGAUUGGUUUUUGAUAUUGGGAUUUUGAAGAUUGUUGUUCUUUCUGACAACGAAGAGCUUCAACUUGGAGUGGACGAGAGUUAUUUGUUGCUUGUGAAGAAGAGAAAUGGUCGGUCUAUUAUUGGGGAGGCAUAUAUUGAGGCGAAUACUGUGUAUGGUGCAUUGCGAGGAUUGGAGUCUAUGAAGCUGCGUGCUUGUGAUUUCAUCGAGUGUAUGGAUUGUAUCUACCUUCUAAAUAUUGAACUAACUGCUAGAAAAGAAUGCCAACUGUGUGCAUUUGAAUAUGAAACUAAAACAGUACAAAUAUACAGAGCACCAUGGUACAUUCUAGACAAACCGAGAUUUGCAUACCGUGGGCUUUUGAUUGAUACUUCAAGGCACUAUCUACCAACUGAUGUCAUUAAGCAGAUAAUUGAAUCAAUGUCAUAUGCUAAACUUAAUGUCCUCCAUUGGCACAUUAUAGAUGAAGAGUCAUUUCCUUUAGAAGUGCCUUCCUACCCAGAUUUAUGGAAAGGUUCAUAUACAAAAUGGGAACGAUACACGGUCGAGGAUGCAUAUGAAAUUGUGAACUUUGCCAAAAUGAGAGGUAUCAAUGUCAUGGCUGAAAUAGAUGUUCCUGGUCAUGCAGAAUCAUGGGGAACUGGAUAUCCUGACCUUUGGCCUUCUCCUUCCUGUAGAGAGCCACUUGAUGUUACAAAAAAUUUUACUUUUGACGUGAUAUCUGGCAUUAUGACAGACUUGAGGAAAAUUUUCCCCUUUGGGCUCUUUCACUUGGGUGGCGAUGAGGUUAACACAGUUUUAUGGAAUCCUAACAGAAACAAGGUGGCUAUGCUAACCUUAAACUCGAAAGUUCCAAGGUCUACGGCUCAACUGAUUUACAUGAAAGAUGGAAAUAAUGAACAAAGUGCUUUGCUCUGCUCUAUCGUCAUUGUCAUGCUUACAUUUUGGAAUUGCCCAAGUGCGAGGUAUUCGUGGAUGAAAAAGGUGCCUGGUAUUGAGGCAGGGGGCCUGCUUCUUGAUCACAACAUGACAACCAAGGAUGCAUAUCGAUAUUUUGUAUUGAGAGCUCAAGAAAUAGCAAUUUCAAAAGGUUGGACCCCAGUCAACUGGGAAGAAACUUUCAAUACAUUUGCAUCAAACCUUAAUCCAAGGACUAUAGUGCAUAACUGGUUGGGUGGUGGGGUCUGUCCAAAGGCAGUUGCAAAAGGUUUCAGAUGCCUCUUCAGCAAUCAGGGAUUUUGGUAUCUGGACCAUCUCGAUGUCCCUUGGGAUGAAGUUUACAAAGCUGAGCCACUUGAAGGAAUAAAUGAUACUUCUUUGCAAGAGCUUGUGCUUGGAGGAGAAGUUUGCAUGUGGGGUGAGACAGCUGAUACCUCAGUUGUUCAGCAAACAAUAUGGCCUCGGGCAGCAGCAGCAGCAGGCGUGGAGUUCCGGCUGCUCCUGUCACAAAUCACUAUGCGCGACAACCUCCAAGGGGUCCAGGGUCAUGCUACGAGCAAUAAUAAUAUUGUUCUCAGAUUAGUUAUUGGGGUUAAUUUGAUGCGGUAUGUCGAUGGGUUGGAUGAAAAAGUUCAGAUCACUUAUGUUUGUGAGAUGAAGUGA